AGGAACGAUAGAAGAAAGUAUGAUGGACGAGCCCAACGGAAUAUGCAUCGACGUGGAGGACGAACAUGGUGACGUCACGAAGCCGGAGAAGAUGGAUAUGUCGGAGCGGGCUUUGGCUGGAAUUCCAAUGAAUAUCGUCGCCAUAAUAGCCUUGAAUCUAGCGCUGAACACUUGGAUUGCUCCUGUCUAUGAUAUCUUCCACGUCCAGAAAGGAUUCUUGGUCAUGCCCAAUUCGACUAUGACAAGCAAUGUUACAACUGGCUUAAGUACUCCAAAUGUUCUGUACAAUAUAACUACUUAGCUUUCUACUAAAAUGCUCCAUAUUGAACUUCUGUUAUAAUCAGGAUUACACACUUUGCGAUUCUGUUCAGUUUGAAUGGUUUGAGAUCUGAACGUUGAUGUGUUCCGAUGUUCAUAUCAUUUUGAGAAUUUCUUUCCUCGAGAAAUUAGAACGCCGUUUGGGAUCCUGGCAAUAUUUCAAAUAAGAUAAAACAGCUUUUCGUUACUGGCGUGCCUUAUAGCUUGUUCAUUUUCGUCUGAGCGCAUUAAAAAAAUCUUGCUCAUUAUUAAUGUGCCAAGUCGCACGAAUCUUUGCAUGGCACUCCUGUAGAACAGCGACCAAGCAAAAUACUUUUUAUUAAAUCUUGAUCCAGUAAUAAAAAAUGCUCUUUUUUGUUUGAUAGUAAACACCGCCCUUUGGGUGAAUACGUAGGAUCACUACACAUGAUUUUCAGUAUUCUUGCUAACAAAUUGCUCAUGCUGGGACAGCGACACCACCCUGCCCCUAUAUUCCAGUGUAAGAUUAUAGAUUUCCUACCAAGACUGUCUAGAUGUUUCCAUUUGAGUCUUGAAAAGUACAAUGUGCUCAUAACCUGUAUAUUGGACUAACGUCGACCAUGUUCAUGGGCGUGCGUUAAAGUGUGGUAGUGAUAAAAAUAGGUAAACUUUCUGAUGCUCUUGUUGCACAUUUCUAAAUCCCCUAUUUUUUUUAAAAUUAUUAUUUUCUUUUGGGUGCACUUCAGACUAGCACCAAAGCAAACUUGUCGAACCUUAGUUUGCACCGAUCUUCAAUAUUGUGCCUUCAGAUUCUGUUGGUCAUCCAUCUUUUUAGUCCCGCAUGCAAAAGCCUGAUAAGUUAUCAAACAGAGAGAUUUGUUUUUAUCUUGUUCUAACCGCUGGCAGACAAACGUGAACAAGCUAUAAUACAACACGGGUAAUAACACAAUAGAAUCAAAUGUGCAUUAAAUAUUAUAACAUUCUGGGGAAUAUCUGAAUCGAAUGCCAACAAACGAUUCGAAUGAAUAUAACUCUGAUCCACCAGCUUCCGGAACAACAUUAAGAAGACAAAAACACAGAGGAGUUGAAGGAUCGUGAUUGCGAGGCAUCAUGGUGAAAUCAGGCACCCCUCACAAUAAUGAAGUCGAAGAAACGGUCUUGUUCCGACGGUUUGGCAAUUUUUAUCAAUUUUUUUUUUUAUUUUAGGAUCAGCACCUUUUAAAACAUUUCAAAAACAAAUUUCUGUACGGAUUUUUAUGAGAAAAAAAAAGAGUUAAUUAAAGACCCCAUGAAUAUAAAUUUUCAGUUCUCGUUCCUUUGAUAUCUGAAGCCAGGAGACUUUCAAGUGCAAAUAUCCCGACUUCUAUUCAAGAUAAAUGAAAAUUUUUUCCAUCGAAAA